AAAACCUCAUCACGAGCGCAGUAACACUUUCAUUCCUAUCUUCCCCGAGACCAGCUACGACCCACACACUAUUGGAAACUUCAACGAGGGACGGAUGGCACAGAACUAGGCAGACAACACCCUCACGAUUUUCUAGUCCUACGGUGUAUGGAAAGUGAUCCUGGAUGGACCUGGGCGAAAACAUCUGGUCCAUGGUCAAGCGAGAAGUGUCCAGCAGCCCAGGGUCACCGGCUGAACAGAGCUACUUACACAGCGGGCAGGGCAGGAGGGACAGCCACGCGCACGACUCGGAGGGGCUCAGGUCACCGCUGCCAAGCGAUCAAAUUGACACAGUGGGACACCGGCGCGCGGAAGGGCCAGGCAGAUCAUCUCUACACUCCUACGUUCAGUUUGGACACGGUCACCAUCACAACAACACUGAGGACAUCACUCUGUUCACAGAUUUAGACCAGGGCAAUAAACUCAUCAUCUCCAGUGGAGCGCACCCGCACCACAAGGGCGGCCUUAUCGUUGACCCCAGCGACAUGUAUCAAACACUAGCCAUCGCGGCGGCCCACCAGAGCCAGGCGGGGUACGACUCGCCCUCUGGGGGCUAUAUGCACUCCAACCCCAAUUCUCCAGUGUAUGUACCGAGCUCCCGGGUGGGACCCAUGAUACCCAGCCUUCCUUAUUUGCAAGCCAGUGGGUCGUCUCAGCCCAGCCAUGCGGUCACCAGCCACUCAGUCUGGUCGCAGUCUACUCCGGAGAGUCCCUCCUACAGCACCGGGAGUCCUCAUACCUCCAACCGUUUCCACUACCCUCCAAGCCCGCCCAUGAACAACGGGGUUCCCAGGGAUAACGGCUACAGUAACCCGCUGAAUGUGAGCAGCCGAGACCAGUACGGUCUCUCACGCCCCCUCAGUGGAUCCUACACCAGCCCCUACUCCCAGUAUGUUGGACCACAGCUAUCCCAGUUGUCCUCGCCUUGGCCCGGAGGACCGUUUGAUAACACCAUGCUGCACACUUUGCAAAGCAGAGGUGCGCCCUUGACGAUUCGAGGACCUAACGGAGAUAUUCUCGACGACCUGGGGGAGAGCAGGGAAUGUGUCAACUGCGGCUCCAUCUCCACGCCGCUCUGGAGACGCGAUGGCACGGGCCACUUUCUCUGCAACGCCUGCGGCCUGUACAGCAAAAUGAAUGGACUCAGCCGGCCAUUAAUUAAACCACAGAAGCGGAUGUCAUCAUCCCGGCGAAUCGGCCUCUCCUGUGCCAACUGUCAGACGAGCACAACCACCUUGUGGCGCAGAAACGCAGAGGGAGAACCGGUGUGCAACGCAUGUGGGCUCUACACAAAAUUACAUGGAGUACCUCGGCCCCUUGCCAUGAAGAAAGAGGGAAUUCAGACGAGAAAAAGAAAACCUAAAACUUUGAACAAAACCAAGGGAUCCUCAGGGAAUAGUAAUUCAGUCGCCAUGACUCCGACGUCCACGUCUUCUUCCAACUCUGAAGACUCGAAGAACAGCUCUCCGAACACGCAGGUGCCAGGGGUGCCAUUAAUACAGGUAACGAGUGGAGGACAGAGGAGCCUCUUAAAGAAGAAGUUACAGGUUCAGUCCUCUGUACUGAGUGGCCCAGUGGAGGGCUCAGCUGGCUCUGGUGGCUCUGCCGUGGUCAAGUACCCAGGCCAGGACGGCCUCUACACCCGUGGGGGCCUCACCCAGUCUGCAGACAUAGCCGGCUCUGUCAGAGGGGAGCCCUGGUGCCCUAUGGCCCUGGCCUGAGUCACCGAGCUGGGGGACGGAACCCACCGCACUAGCCUCUCUCUCUCUCUCUGGAUGUCCUGCUGCUGAGUGGUGGAAGUAUUCAGUGCCUUCGAUGGCUCUGGGCCUGUUUCCUACUUCCCAGCUAACAACUGUUGGACAGAGACAGCCUUUUUGCCCCUUCACACCCCUGCAAGUUUGAAAUGUCUGUGGAAUAUUUGGGAUUGAUUUCCAGAAUGAUAUGGGAAAACCUUAGUGCCUUAACACAAAGGGAAAUAUGUGAGAGGGGAUGCCUUCUUGUUAGUCUGCAGUUGAAAUGCUUUCUGGACCGACCUGCUGUGUGUGUACUCAAUAUAUCUCUCUCUCUCUCAGACAUGGAGGUGGAUCAAAUGUUCUUUGUUGUUUGAAAUGAAGAAACCUGUACAUAAUGCUAUGGAUUCCCCCACUCAAGACAAAAGCGGUUAAUUGGAUAUUAGUGCUUGAUAAAAGCAAUAUCCCUACGAAGGACAUUUUUAUAAUAUUUUUUUUUGAAACUGGAAUCAAGCUAUCAAGUUACCAAGACAACCUUCCUGAAUCAAGAGAAAGUAUUUAUUAAUCUUCCAUUGUUUAAAACAUGAGUAUGAUUGUUAAAUAAAGAUAUGGACAUAGAGUAGAACUGAAAGAAAAACAUUUCUUAUGUCUUCAUUUUAAAUAUGAUUGUUCAUUUCUUUCUCUCUUGUUGAGUUAGUAGUUGUCAGUCAUUGCAAAUAUGUUUUUCCACUGAUAGCUCUUACUGUAGGCCUAUCUGACUGAAACUCUUAUGGUUUUAAACAGGGUAUCAAAGACUGUGACAUCCUAUGUCAGUCAAUUUUUGUUUUUAAUUAUUUACUAAAUUCUUAAAUAAUCAAAUCCUACAGAUGAAAUUAAAAUACUGUUAAUUUAUGGUACUAUUUUUGGAAGAAAUUGGUAGAAGCUGUUUUUUCUAAGGUGAGGAUAAAAAAUGUUUAGGACAUUUUCGCAAACUUUUUGACACAUGUACAACAGCUAGCUAAGUACUGUUUGAACAAAUGGCACCCAUAAUCAUUUUAUAGAUGCAUCUUUUUGUUACAAUACUAAACUGUAAAAGAGGACUGCUGCAAUAUUUUCUGUCUGCAACAAAGACUACCUAACUGAUAUAAACUGUAUACAUUUACUGUUGCAUACAUGCAUGGGAUUUUCAUGAUACAAUUUGACAGAAAUAAAAUGAAAAGGCUAAAUGGUAUUGAGGUCAACAUAUAUGAAUUUAAUGUCAAUACAUGGAGAAAUAGAGGUGUAAUUAAUAAAUUGCCCCUGAUAAGUUUUCAGUUGAUAAAAGAGGAAUGGCUGUUCUUACAGAUGUAGGAUCUUAAUUUGAGCCAGUUUGUUACAGCAGGGAAGUAAUCUUGCAGCAACUGGAAAUGUGAAUUAUUAUGUGGAUUAUAAUGAAUGGACAUUUUUGUAGGGGUUGAUACAUUUUUCGUUAGGGAAAAUCAUUUCUGAAAUGUUAAAGGGGAAAUUACAAACUUUAGAAGACUUUUUAAAACUCAAAUACACGACAAGUUUGCAUUUCCUGCUUUGCAGAACAUUCUCAGCAACAAAAGAGUGAUCAAAUUAAGAUCCUACAUCUGUACAACCUGUUGUGGACUAUGUCAUAAAACAACAUUUGUCAAUGAGAGGAAUGUCACACGUUGACUCCAUGGUGAUGAAACUGUAGUUUGAGAUGUAUUGGAGAUGUAUGGAGAAUAAUCUGAAAAGAGUGAAGUAUGCCAUUUAUGAUUCAGUAAUGUGAAAAGACGAUGUUAUAUAUGUAGCUUGAAAACAACCUUUCACAGCUUUCAAGACAUAAUGACCUUAUAUGACAAAUCACUGUUGAUUUUGGUCUGAUACAAUUUGCCCUUGUACUUUUACUCAAAAGGUCUACAGUACAUUUUCCUGACUUUCAACGUUCUAAGUAGAAUGAUGACUUUCCCAUUCAUUACACAGAUCUAACUGUACGUGUCCCUCUCCUCCAGUAGGGGUGUGAACGGCGUCUCGUUCGCCAGAACUCUAAGUAGAUCCAUUUUGAGGCCAAACAAAUUCCUCUAGCUCCCUGGGAAAUGUCCCUUUCAAUGGAAUGAAUCUGAUGAGUUAGUAGGUUAUUGUGAAACUGCCGUUUAAACUGCAUUUCAGUUUCACCAUCAGGGUUCUUCAUCUGAAUCAGGGCCUGGUAAUUGUUUUCUUUUCUGAACUUAUUUAUUUUUUGAAAUAUCAAGUUUAUUAAUAGAAUUGUUUUCCCAAAUUUUUUUGUUUGGAUAUUUGUAUUUCUUUGGUUGGUUGUUUUAUUCCUGAUAUAGUUUUUAAUGAUCUUAUUUAAAUCUCUGAAACAAUUUGUUCUGACGAUAUCAAUGUGGAUUUGGAAUAAUUGCUCCUGUCUUAGAAUAUUUGAAGAAAAUCAACACACUGUGGUUGUCAUUGUUGGUAGUGUAUACUGUGCCAAGGUUUGCAGCAAAUUGAAAUUGAAGGGUUUGAGUGCCAUCUUUAUGUGCUGUAAAGGUACAUAUAAUCAUUUUGAAGUUUUAAAGAGAAAUAUGUCAUGAGAAGCUGUUGGAAAGACAGUAGUAAUGGAUCCCUGAGGGAUUUGUAUCUCCAGACAGUUUUUCUAGUUGUUUUCUCAUUCCUUAUUAAAGUUAGCCAUUCCUCUUACACACAACAACAUUUUCCUUUAUAUGCACUCACUACAAAGGUUUCACCAGUGUCUUCAAUGUGUGUUUAAACCAAGCGUAUCCUUUCCACCUGCACAGAGUACCUGUCACCCUGUGAAGGAUAUGUAAGUGAAUAUAGCUUGGAAAAGAUACCGUUGGUAGACAACAAAUUUUAGAGAUGGCUAGAUUUAUCCCUGAGCUUUAGGUUAUCUGGCUGCACUUUGACAUAUUGAUGUUGGAGAGUUUAUGAGUGUCAGUGUAGCUAUGUUCAUACUGCGCUGUACUGCACAUCAACCAGGUACACCGUUUGGGGAUGAAUGUUGUUGAUUAUCAACAUUGUCAUUUCAAUUUUAUUACAAGAACAUAUCAAUUGGUUUGACCUAUGUGUCCCCUUGCAUGAUACUCGUUUGAUCAGACCAGUGUAGAUUGAAAAAAAUUCUAAUCCAUUAUUUUGAUUAUGUCACCAACUUUACACCGCUUGUAUUUUAUGCCCAAGGAGUUGGCGUGUCUGCAGGCUUCAUUUGCCCCCAGUCUUUGUUUAAAGUGUUGUUGUUAAGCAUCAUUCAUGUUAACAGAGACGACCUCACAUUAACAUUAAGGUAGGCUCUGCUGCAACCGAGACGAAUUACAAACCUUCCUUCAGAUAUGAAAAUCAAACCUAGAGUGAAACCUAAAAUAAGAACCAAAAUAUGUAUAGGUCUAUACAUUUAUGAAGUGGUCCCAGGCUGGUAAUGUCUUCAAGGUAUCCAUGAUACUUUAAGGGAGAAUUCACAACACAUUACAUCACUGAGGUCCUUCUCCCAUUUGUUACUCUUGCCUGAAUUCAUGUGCAAAAUAAUAAUAAAUAAAGGGGGCUUAUAUUUGUCGUGUUUCACACAUGUACAAGCAUUAUACACGUG